GCUUGUACAAAGUGUGACGUAAAUAUUUAUUUAUACACUCCACUUCCUUGUUCCUUUUUGUCGAAAACAGUUGUCGCCAUUUUUCAAGCAGUCAUGGUUUAUAGAGUGUCGGCUCUCCGCGGUUUAGCCAUCACUCAGAUGGUGUUUGCUGCUUUAAUGAUCACAUUUGGGGCGGCUUGUAUUUUUUCUGUAAACCACUGGUCGUCUAGAGUCGGGUUUGGAGUAUGGGUCGGCUCUUGGGUAUGUAUUGAAGAUCGUGCGCUGCCGCUCAUCAUCGUUUUGAUUAAAAUUUAAAAUUAAAGUAAUUUAUUAUUUAUGGCGCCAGUCUGCUUUAAAUAACUGUAUGUAGAAUUCAAAAUAUGCUGAUAAUGUGUCAGUAAGCGAAAAGACAGACAUUUAAGCUUAAUUUUCUUUCUUCUGUGCAAACAUGAUAGGCAUCUUUGUCGAGUUUGCUCCCUCUCAUCGCGGCGAAUAAAUUUGUAUGGUAAUAACAUAAUUUUUUAGUGAUAUUUGGCGUAAAUGCCACGAUUGUUAUACGUAAUUUCAAAUCAUCAUCCAUUAUCUUUGGAAAAUAACAAAUGCAGCAAAUAAACUUUUGAACUGACAAUUAAACAUUUUUCCUUCUAGGUUCUCAUAACUGGAAUUUUGGGGUAUAUUGGUGCAAAGGAUGAUGCAAGACCAAACAAAUGUUUAGUAAGUUUUGAUUUUCAUAUCUCGGUUUCUAGAAUACAGUGCAUUGCGACAAGAUAAAUGCAUGACAAAACAGGUGUUGAUGCCGUGACAAGUGGCCACCCUUAGGGUACCAGCAAGUGGCCGCUUAAUGGAGGUUGGCUGCUAAAUAGAGGUUUGAUAAAUUAGCAAAAUCUUUAGUGAAAACAUCGAGUCAUUUUGAAACAAGCACCUGAUGUGAGUGGCAUAGCUGCAAAUUACUAGUCCUCAAUUGGUCGCCACUUUCUAUCUCGGGUAGCCUGUGCCAGGCUCUCAGAUAGUAUAGUGCGGGCGUAUUUUAAAAAACGAGCAAAGCGAAAAUAAGACGCACGCGACUUAGGAAAGGGGGCGGUGGCGGCGAGAAAAAUGGGAGAGAGAGCCGCGUUCCCGCACCUCUCUCCCCAGUCCCCCUCUACUUUUCAUCGCUUUCUUUACUCUGCACCGCUCUCCACUAUCUGAACGCUUGGAACAGGCUAUAUCUCGGGCUGUGUUUUCCUUCAUCAUACGGCGUGAAAUAAAGCCAAAGUAAGUGUAUCAAGCGCUUGACUUGUGUGUGCUGUCCUUUAAUAACUAAGAAAUGAAUAAGUCCUGUGGUUGAAAGGUAAACUGUUCCACCUCUUCUUUGUCAAAAACAGGGAAUUUAAAAAUUUGGGGGGUAAGCAUUCCCUUUGCUAAGUCCCUGAGGGGGGGCACUUGGGUAUCUUUUGGGUGGGUAUGUGCCACCCGGGACUCCAAAUUGGCACCCCGUUCUAAAAAAAAAUUCCCUUAAAAUUGAUACCCCGUUCUAGAAAUGGGCCCAUUUUUUAAACCCCGUUCUAGAAUUCGCCUUAAAACUGAUACCCCGUUCUAGAAAUGGGCCGUCCGUUCUAGAAAGUUUGUAAAUUGAAAUAGCCCUGUUUUUUUUAAAAAAUAUUUCUUUAUUUGUUCGACUUAUACAUCAAAUAAAUGCUUCUUCAUAAUCAGCAACAAUUUUAAGCAGAAGAUAAAGCCGUAAUCCCCAAUUUUUUAUACCCCGUUCUAGAAAACGCCUCUGAGAUGGAUAUCCCGUUCUAAAUCAGGAGCUUGCAAUAAGGCAUCUACAUGUAAAAGAGGGUUCUGUAAGUUAUAAAAAUGCCCAGCAUUCUUCGAAGAACUACCUGUAUGCUAAUCUAAUUGUUUAAGGAUCAGACUUAGCCCCGGGGGGGGGGGGGGGGGACCCCCCGAAAAAACCAUCAUGGGUUUGGGGGGCCCCACGGGGGCAUGUUUUUGGAGCCCCCUUUUAAAACAGAAGCCCCCAAACCACGACCCCCCGGGGCCCCCCAUCCCCAAAUAGGGUUUUUGCGGGGGGCCCCCCCCCCCCCCCCCGGGGCUAAGUCUGAUCCUUAAACAAUUAGAUUAGCAUACAGGUAGUUCUUCGAAGAAUGCUGGGCAUUUUUAUAACUUACAGAACCCUCUUUUACAUGUAGAUGCCUUAUUGCAAUGGUUUCGCAUUGCUUGCACUAUAAAAUUGGAUUUUAUACAUUUCUCCCAUAAAGCACCUCUGAAUCAAAAUACUCUUAUUAUCUUUUGACUUUAUGUGAAGAAGAAAAUGGGUCAUGUCCUCUUGAAAGUCUUCUUGUUGUUCUUGUUGUUCAGAUGUUCUUUUAGCGAAUGCAAAACUUUUCAGUUAAUGUUUACCAGUUAGAUUAUGGUAAUAUCCUUGUUCUUUAAAUUUCAUGAUCCAAUUGCAGUCAAAAACUCUGUUGCCUUGUAAUUUUCUUGCAAAUUACCAAUAUUCCCUAUUAUUUUUCAGCAUAGAAUAGCUAAACUCUGGUGUUAUAAACCACCAAAUGGGAUUCGAUCAUCAUUCUCUUUCAACUUAGUAUUAUAUUUCUUCAUUAACUCCCACAUGCUUUUGUUUGUCCACAGACUGGAUGUUUCAUGGGAUUUUCCAUUGCUGGCUGUGUUAAAGUUGCCUCCAUGUUUAUUUGUUAUUGCAUUGCUCUAUCUGAAUUCUCUAACAAAAUUCGCAAAUGUAGAGAUGACUACUACAAUGACAACUACUACAAUGACUACUACCCAACAUCCAGCUAUAAUUAUCGACGGUAUCAUUCUUAUGACGAUUAUGAUUGCAGCACAGCUAAAAUUGGUGCCGGACUGGGUUCUUGUCAACUGAUUUUUUCCCUUGUGGUUUUCUUUGUUGCCCUUGCAUCGUCUAUCUACUGCUGCAUGGCUGUUUGCGGUGAAUCAUCUUCUGGUCAUGUAGUAAGUACAUAUACUGUACCUGUACAUGUAAUAAGAUAAUUUACACUUGACAUUACUUCUUAUAAAGGGGGAAUGGGGGAGGGGGGGCGAGGGGAAGAGGUAGGGGGCUAAAAAUUGCCAGGCUAUUUUUUGCAAUCACAACCUGAGCUGAGUUGUUCAAAGCUGGGAGAUUAUAACCCAGGGUUAGUGUGAAAUUUGAAUGCAGCUCUAUAUGAAGGCUUAAAAAGUGAAUUCAGUUUAAUUCUUUUUGUCAACAAGUUGAUGAUUGGAUGCUCUCAAAAAUAACAUUAUUUUUUCCUUCCAAUGUUCAACAACUAUAUAUGCUAGUAAAUAAAAAAUAAAUAUUUGCUUACUUUACGGACCAUUACAUAACUCAGUACAACUUAAAAUGUCAUGAUCAGUCACUCAGUAUUUUAUAUCCCACCAGCUGCUUGCUCCAGAAAGGCAGGCUCUUAGAGUUUGUAUGGUCCAGCACACCUUAGUACUUUAAAUAUGAAUUACUGUUAGUAUUGGUUUCUAAUCUCCAUUGCUUUCUAAUUCUGGCAUCCGCUUUCUUCUCAUACAAAAAAAAAUAAUGUGUUUUAUGGAUAUAUUCAGUGUUCCAGAUAAGCGAUGGGUCUCGGGCAGCUGUCUCGGGUCAAUGACCCGAGAAAGAAGGCUUCCUGACCCGACAGAUGACAUACAAGUGUUAGUUAAAUAUAACAAAAAAAAUUAGUGCAUGUCGUGCAAUUGGUGACCCCUCAGAUGGUCUACACGACCCCCCGCUUGAAAGAAUUAACUGGAACAUUGAUAUUAUCGUGCUUUAGUGGCCUGCAACUCUCAGCUUGAUCUUCUUAUUAAAAUCCACUUGUUCUUCUAUGAGGGUGAUAACUGUAUCUAAAAUGUCUAAAAAUGUGUAGUUAUAAGGUCAAACACUCUAUGAUAUUAUUAUCAUGAAACAGGUCCCAUCCUAUCAAGCAGCAAUGUACAUGCAUCCCCAACAAAUGUACCCAGGAGGCCAAGCUGGUGUGGUUGUCAUUCAACCUGAUGGUGCCAUGGCACCCAUCCCUCAUGGCUACAUGGUAGCAGGACAGCAAGGUUCCUUCAUGCCACCACAGGUAAUAAAUAUGAGAAAAAUAAGAACUUUUUUACAUGUAUAUUGAACAUCUGCUUCUUGUGCAACUUGGGAGUGGUCCCAUAGAAUCCUGAAUUUACAUAAUCCUGCCUUAGUUAAGAUCGACACCUUUUUAUGGGUUCUGUCAUUGUUAAGCACAUCUUUAUAUGAAUGAGGCUUAAAAAAAAUUAGCAAAGAAAACUCUAGUUGUUUAAUCUCAAAAGCUUGUGUUUGCUUAAUAUGCUUUUUUCUAUCAUGGGAUUUGAAACCUAGUUCACUCUUCUAAAAGAUUUUAUGAAACAUAUCAACUGCUUGUGCGGCAGCUGAAGAGCUUCCACUUGAAUGCUUAAUCUAAAGGAUUUCAUCCACAGUCUCAUAAGCUAGUAAUCACCUUGUACUAAUAACUUUUUUUUUUUUUGGUAUUGAACAUUAAGACAGAAUUCUGAUAUUCAACUCUUGUCACAGAUUUCUAACUGUGGAAAUGGGCGAACACCUCCUUUAUGUAAAAAAGAACUCAUUGUGGCUAUAAAUGACAUCUAAUAUUAUUUUUCAUAACUUUGUCACUGCAGCCAGGUGUACCAGGGCAACAGCCAGCAGGUUACUGGGUCAUGCCAUCAGGACCCAACCCAGCUCCUUCGGCCACAUCCACAUCUCGUGCUGGGGCUUCCGGAGCUACUGCAACUGCACAACUUCAGUAUCAGGUAAUCAGUCUGUAGUAGUCAUGUUAACCCAUUUGCCCCUGAACCGCCUGUAACCGCCCAUGCGGAUCCACGUCCUUUCUACCCUUUGUGACGUCAUCAGUUUUAAUGGUCAAGGACAACUUUGUCCGCUAACUUGUGCAGAGUGAAGAGAUCUUUCAAACCAUACCAGAAUGAGCAGAAUUCAGUCAAGGACACCGGAGAAAGAGGCAAAAAACCAUCUAACAUUGACCUGAAAAUCUCCAUGAAAAUCUUGUUCCAUUGCUCACCUACCUUUCCUUUCACCUAAUCCUAAGAUCCUGAAAGCUUUCCUAAAAACUAUUCCCACCAAAAUGAAGCCUACUAAAUGCCCAGCAAGAGGAAAAAAAAUGAGGCAAGAAAAGCGAAAAAAGAGGGGAGGAGAGAAAGUGAAAAGUAAAAGUCAAGACUGCUGUGACACUUUUAAACCCAAAAACUAUCUCGAAAUUUUGCUUUCUGCGCAUGCCCGAACUUCGCAAGCUGAUAUUUUGUAUCUGGAUCAGAAGGCUGUGAAGUGUACGACCUGUAAACCGGUUUGUGGUAAGUUUUAGCUCUUUAUAGCAGGACAGUGACCAGAAAACCACUCGAGUACCUUCAAAACGCAUUUUUCGGCAAAAUCUCCAGGAGCAAAUGGGUUAAGGUGGUUGGUUACCUUCUGCACUCCGUUUGACCAGGCUCUUUCCCCACACCCAACCAUUGGUGUUGGGUUUACAGGUUACAUAGAGGCAGAUCAAGUUAUAUUCUCAUAG